AUGUGCGGGAUUGCGGCCGUCCUUGGGUCGGCGGCGGCGGUCGCCUCGCCCGCCUGCGUCCAGCUCCAACGCGAUAUGGAGGCUGCGAUUGCUCGGCGCGGCCCCGAUCACUUUGGCUCGAUCGAGCGGUCCAAGAACGGCGCUGCCGUCGUGCUCUCGGCCGCGGUGCUCCAUCUGCGCGGUGCCACCAUGGCGACGCAGCCCGUCCUCGACGCCAGCGGCAGCGUAUUGCUAUGGAACGGCGAAGUGUUUGGUGGCCUCUCCAUCCCAGCGUGCUCUAGCGACACGGCGGUUGUCGCUCAAGUCCUCUUUGACGCGACGCGGGCGGACACGGACCCCGCGCUCGUUGCCGCCCACGUCAUCGAGGCGCUCGCGUCCGUAGAAGGCCCAUUCGCACUCUGUUUCUUCCACGAAGCCACUGAGACGCUCGUGUACGGUCGAGACCGCUUGGGUCGGCGCAGCUUGCUCGAGCACAUGCCGUCCAGUCCAGACGACGUCGCCGUCAUCGCGUCAAUUGCGCAUCCGACGAUGGUUUGCAAGGAGAUUCCGUGCACGGGUCUCUUCUACUACAACGAUGGCAUGGCGUCACCGGGCCUUGCUCCCUGGCCUCCGUCGGUGCCAGCGGUGGCUCCGCCACAGACGCUACCCGCCGCCCUCGACGCGCUCGCCUUCGAUGACGCGCUGUCUCUGUCGAUGCAGCGCGCUGCAAAAGGCCUGCUCAGCGUACUCUACAGCGCCGUAGCGAUCCGGCUCGAGUCAGUUCCAUCGUGCAAUCACAACGAACCGAGCGUCGGCAUUCUCUUCUCUGGCGGUCUCGACUCGGUCGUGCUUGCGGCGCUGGCCCAUCACGCGCUGCCGCCGCACGAGCCCCUCGAGCUCUACAACGUGUGCUUUGACACGGCGCACGCGUCACCCGACCGUAAGGCGGCCGUGGUCUCGUGGAACGAGCUGCGGCGCUUGUUUCCGACGCGCGACUUUCGAUUGGUCGAGAUGGACAUUGACGGGCAGAGCGUCACGGCCGCGCAGCCAGACGUGGUCGCGUGCAUGCAGCCUUGUGUUACGCACAUGGACUUCAACAUUGGGACGGCGUUUUGGUUUUUAGCCCGCGGCGUCGGCUGCCUCGCGGUGACGCCCCACGAUAUGUCCCCCCAUUCCGCCCCUCGCCCCCCGUACGCGUCGAAUGUCAAAGUCCUUUUGGUCGGCAUUGGUGCGGACGAACAACUUGCUGGAUACGGCCGGCACAAGGCAGCGUUCGAGCGCGAUGGCUACGACGGCCUCCGCGCCGAGCUUCGCAUGGACAUGGACCGUCUCUGGCUGCGCAACCUCGGCCGCGACGACCGCAUGAUCUCGGACCACGGACGCGAAGCCCGGUUCCCGUACCUGGACGAGCAUGUCGUGAACUUCUUGGCGGCAACGCCGCUCGACGAUGUUGUGGAUUUUUCCCAGCCGCGGGGGGUCGGUGACAAGCUGCUAUUGCGUGUUGUGGCCCGCGGAUUGGGACUUCGCCACUGCACGGGGUUGCCGAAACAAGCGAUUCAAUUUGGCACACGCAUGGCCAAGCACUCGAACGCGACCGCGCGCGCUCCCCGCUUGGUGCAAGGCGCGACGCCCUUUCUGCCCGCAAAACGCUCUAGUGCUGGUUAA